GUUUCUUUGAGACUGUACCGAGGAUAAAUCAGGCACUGAAUCACUCUGAAUCCAAGCAGCGAAACAUGGGUCCCGAACGGUCUGAAGAACCUGAUUUCUGGAUAAAUAAGAGCCUCUACGAAGAGUGUUCGGUCGUUGUUUUCGACGAUAGCGCCGACGACUUUUACGAGGGAACGAAUGGGAAUAACCAGCUAACCCUCCGACAUUUCGCGGAGGGUAAAACGGUAUAAUUUGCUUGGCAUCUCAAUCCACUCGCACUCAGAGAGACAAACUGCCUGACUUGCCCGUGAUGGCUAAAUCCUCUGGUUCUGGUUGCCAUUUGUGUGGUUUCAUCCGGGAAGAGCUCAUACGACGCAGUAUUAUCUACGAGGGAGAAAUCAUUGUAUUCGGGAGUUACCUUUUUGACGGGCGAGAGUUAUAUUCUUUCACCGUCGGAGGUCCCGGUUUAGUUUACUGGAGAUGUACGGCCUACGAGCUUGACACUGAGGAAGCGCGCGGUAUUGCAGUGCUUAAUUUUGAUGUUGAGACCAGGGACGACGCAUUGAUUCAAUGUCUAAGACCUAGCCUGAAGCGCACCCCAGAGCAUUUGGAUCUACAAAACAAUGAAUGGCUGUCACAACUUUGGAGUUGCGAGGAUGAAUGCGGCCAUCUAACCCAAUCAUCGGAUUCAUCACUAUUCCUGCCCACCAGGCUAAUUGAUGGGGGCCAGUGCGAGACAGAUAUUCCCCGGCUCGUUGAUGUCGGAGGCAUGCUCAACUCGCUCGAAUCGCUCAACUCGGUGACGAUUGACACUUUCCGGUAUGCGGCACUGAGCUAUUGUUGGGGUUCCAAACAAGAUGCUCUAAAGCAAGUAAAAUCCACAAGAGAUACGAUGUCGACCCAUUCUCAAGGAAUAGCGCUUAGCCCUAUGGGCCCUUUCGUCCGCGACACUGUGAAGGUCUUUAGGGCACUCAAUAUUAAAUAUCUCUGGGUUGACGCUCUUUGUAUAAUUCAGGGAGAUAAGGUAGAUUGGGGUCAGGAGAGCCAGAUGAUGGGCCACAUCUACUAUUUUGGCUCACUAACUAUCUGCCCCGUGUCUUGGAAGUCUUGUCUUCAAGGCUAUCUUGAAGUCUGACCUCAAGGUCUUGACAUCGCGUUCCAAUCAUUGCACCAUGAACAUAUCAGGG